GAAACACCGCUGUUUAUAAACUGGAAAUACAAACAGACGCUGUUAGCUCGUUUAGCUCGUCGGCGUCGAGUACACGGUCCGUGACAUGUCGACAGGUUGUUAGCGGCGGGUUUAUCCGCCCUCGGCAGAAGGUUGAUACGCCGUGUUAGCAGCCCGGUGGGUCGCUUUUAUUCAGAGUAAAUGAAAACACGGUGAGCAGGUCAACAUGGAGCAGACAGCCAGCGUCAACGCAGAUCCUGUUCAGCGCCCUGACAGCGCUGGUAGCUCGUUGCACAUUGUGGCGCAACUGGGCUGCUUUUUGGCUCCUUGGAUUGUGCAACAACUUUGCUUAUGUGGUAAUGCUGAGUGCCGCUCAUGACAUCCUAAAAAAACAAGAGUCAGGAAACGCCACAGCAUCUUCUUCAGUGACGCUGGCCGUGGAUUUCCAGGGUGGGAACAGCAGCAACAGUAGCCGCUAUGACUGCAAUCCUGUCUCUACUGCGGCUGUGCUGUUAGCCGACAUCCUCCCAACACUCGUCAUCAAGCUGUUUGCUCCCUUUGUGAUCCACAAACUGCCUUAUGGGUUUCGAGUGUUGUUCUGUGUCUUCAUGGCAGCAACAAGUUUCCUCCUUGUGUCUUUCUCCUCAGCUGUGUGGAUGAGCAUUCUGGGAGUGAUCUUUGCCAGUUUCAGCGCUGGACUGGGAGAACUGUCCUUCCUCUCUCUCUCUGUCUUCUUCAGCAGGGGUGUACUGGGAGGCUGGGGUUCGGGUACUGGUGGUGCUGGUGUUGCCGGAGCCCUCCUCUACUCAGGCCUCACUCAAGCCGGCCUGUCGCCCCAAGUUACACUUCUCAUCAUGCUGGUGGUCCCGUUGGGCAUGUUGAUUAGCUACUUCUUCCUGCUGGUUCCUCCACCUUCAUUACCUCAGUGGACAAACAGGGAGGCACAAUAUGUAGCUGUGGGCUCAGAGGAGAGACGACGGUUGAUGGAUGGACCAGAAGAAGACGAGCACGAUAAAUCAAGGCCAGAGGACACCACUGGACCCCUCACCUUCACAGAGAGACUGCACAUCAUCAAAGGCCUGCUGAAGUUUGUGUUUCCCCUGGGACUCGUCUACUUUGCAGAGUACUUUAUCAACCAGGGCUUGAUGGAGCUCCUGUAUUUCCCCAACUUUUUCCUGUCCCAUGCAGAGCAGUAUCGCUGGUAUCAGACGCUGUACCAGGUUGGUGUGUUGGUGUCUCGCUCCUCCCUGUGCUGUGUAAAGAUCAGGAAACUCUGGACUCUCUCUCUGCUACAGGUGGUGAAUGCUGUGCUGCUCCUGUUCGCAGUGCGUUACCUUUUCCUGCCCAGUGCCUGGCUGGUGUUUGUUAUUAUCCUCUAUGAGGGACUGCUGGGUGGAGCUGCAUAUGUCAACACUUUCUAUUUCAUCAGCAAGGAGACUGAAGACAGACAGAGGGAGUUUGCCAUGGCUGCUGCCAGUGUAGGAGACAGUCUGGGCAUAGCUCUGGCUGGACUUGCUGCUUUCCCCGUCCACAGAUACUUCUGUUCCCUAUGACCCAGCCUACACACCGACCAAGCAGGAUGAAUAAGAAAGACGUGGGUGCCUUCCAUUUGAGGGAUUUAAAAAAAAAUUUGAAAUGAGUUAGAGACCACCAGACUAAAGCAGACUUUACUCCCACAUAAAAAUAUUGACUCUUCAUGCUGUAUUAAAUUUGGAUUCAGCACUAGUAAGUGACAUACAUGCUGUGAGCGGCCAUGAUCAGAGUCCAAGAUCCCACGACUCAAGUGGUUUUCAAGAGGAAGUCAUGCUAAUACCUUAUUGAACGUAAUCGUGUGUUUGGGGUUUGCUGCUUUGCACAAGCUGCUUCACAAGAAAAACCUCCCUGUGGUUCUAUAGUGAAAUACGUUUGUGAGGCAAUGAAGGCAGGACAGGAAGUUCGGUUGGAGUAAAGUUCUUAGGUGACAAUAAACAUAACUUGUGAUGUUAAUUAGACAUUUUUUAUUUAUAUUGACCACUGAUGGUGUGAGACAUUUUAUUUCUGUUAUGUCAUUAUUAUAUUUUGAUGUUGUGUCCUCAGUACUGGCACACAACUGAAUGGCUUAACACAGUUAAAGUUGCUUCUCUGGCUCUCUCAAUAGGUACGAUUGAUUCAUGAUUCCUUCUGUAUUUUAGAACCAGGCUGAAUCAUGUUAUUGAUUAACUGACGGACACAUGUCGUUACUUUUGUUUUGCUGUUCAGUCACUGAUGCUGUUAAAACAGGUCAUGACUGAAGUGACCAAAAAUGCUUUUUAACACAAGUUUCUAACAAAGGUCAUUUUAUGUAGAUUAACAUUUUAGACUAUAUAACAUCUGGAAACAUGUCCAGAGCUUUAAGAUGCUAAUAAUGAAUUUAUGUGAAAUCAAUGAAAGGAUGUCACAACUAAAGACAUGAUUGACAUUUUUGGGUAUUCCUGUUACCAUUGUUAAGAUGACCAGGACAUUUUGCCUUUGUUAUUCUGCUUUUAUGUUUUAUUAAAGUAAUCUUACUAAACUUGGUUUAAAUGUCAUCUUACAAAUGGUUUCAAUCGUCACAAUAAUAAUGAUCAAAUAAGAUGUCUUAAUACACGCAUACUGAUGUGCACAAUCCUACUGAAUUUUAACUACUAACAUUUAUAUCAUGCUGCUACUGUUUAUUCUUUCAGUCGUUUGUGUAAAUCUGCAAGAAGUUUUGAAUUGUUAAUAACUGUCACAAUGUAAAUAAAAUAUGAAGUGCA